GCUUCCAGUUGCUAGAGAGAGAGAAGGGACAUGUUAGAGGCUGGCAGGGCCGCGGAGCCGCUCGUCUAGACAGGGGGGUAACGGGCACCCUUUCAGAGAUGGGCAACGGCGCCCAAAGAGCAAGGACGCGGAUGUGGGCUGACUAGCUUCCAGCGGGACUCGGCGCGUUGCUCCCGGACGUCCAUAUGCAAGAGUUAUUUCAUGUCUGAGACGUGGGAGAUGGUGGCGUUACCCAGAGCGAGCUCUCCCUUCCUGUCGUCUAGGACAAGAUGGCAGCAAUGCAGGCGAACUGUGCAUGGGAUGGAUUUAUAAGUCCAUAACAUGCCCAGAGAAGCCCUGGAUCAUACUUAAAGCGACUCUACGUGAAGGUAUGGCCUCACAAGUCUUGGUCUACCCACCACACAUUUAUCAAACCCAGACAAGUGCCUUUAGCAGUGUGAAGAAACUCAAAGUUGAGCCCAGCAGCUGUGUGUACCAUGAGAGGGCCCAUCCGCGGACUUUCCUGAACAGCAGAACCCUUGGCGUUGCCCACCCGACCAAACAAGCCCACUCGUUUGUGAACCGAGACUUGGCGGUGGGCCUGAGAGCGCGGGGAGGACAGCAGUACCCGGUCCAGACGCUCGUGGUGCGCGGCGUCCCGAGACAGCAGCCCGGUAGGAGAAGAGGGGGACCAGGCCCACUCGCGGCCCAGCAGCAGGGCAAGGAGCAGAAGCACCGGCCGGUCGAGGAAAGCGGGAGCAGCGGUGGAGCAACAGGAGCAGGAGGAGGGGGACGGGGAGAGGGCUGCAGUGGGGGAGUCGGGGAAGGGGGAGAGGAAGAGGAGGAGGCGGAGGAGGAGGAGGGCGACCGAGGGGAGAGCCGCGAAAGUUUGAACUCAGCCGACAGCUCUCAGCGAUGCGGGCUGAAACGUAAAAGCGAGGACCUGGACAACCGAGGGAGCGCCAUGCAGAUCGUGGAGGAACUGUCGAUGUUGCCCGCCAUGUUGCAAACGACGAACGUGGGGAACGCAGCCGUGACGGCGCCGACGACGGCGGCCGGAGGGGGCCUCUCCAAACAGGGGGCGGGGCACGGGGGCGUGUGCGCAGCCGGAGGGGCGGCAGGAGGGGACGGGGACUAUCAGGUGGUCCAGCACGAAGUCCUGUGCUCCAUGAAGAACACCUACGAAGUGCUUGACUUCUUGGGACGGGGCACGUUCGGCCAGGUGGUGAAGUGCUGGAAGAGGGGGACGGGGGAGGUGGUGGCCGUGAAGAUCCUGAAGAACCACCCUUCGUACGCGCGGCAGGGCCAGAUCGAGGUGGGCAUCCUGGCCCGCCUGAGCGGGGAGAACGCCGACGAGCACAACCUGGUGCGGGCCUUCGAGUGCUUCCAGCACCGCAGCCACACCUGCCUGGUGUUCGAGAUGCUCGAGCAGAAUCUGUACGAUUUCCUGAAGCAGAACAAGUUCAGCCCGCUCCCGCUGAAGGUGAUCCGGCCGGUGCUGGAGCAGGUGGCCACGGCGCUGAAAAAGCUGAAGAGCAUGGGUCUGAUCCACGCCGACCUAAAGCCCGAGAACAUAAUGCUGGUGGACCCAGUGAGGCAGCCCUACAGGGUGAAGGUCAUAGAUUUCGGCUCAGCCAGCCACGUGUCCAAAGCAGUGUGUUCGACGUACCUCCAGUCUCGCUACUACAGGGCUCCGGAGAUCAUUCUGGGAUUACCGUUUUGUGAAGCCAUAGACAUGUGGUCCCUCGGCUGUGUGAUAGCGGAGCUGUUUCUGGGCUGGCCUCUCUACCCCGGGGCCCUGGAGUACGACCAGAUUCGCUACAUCUCGCAGACCCAAGGUUUGCCAGGCGAACAUCUACUGAAUACGGGGACGAAGACAGCGCGGUUCUUUUGCAAAGAGUCGGACUCACCUUAUGCAGCAUGGAGACUGAAGUCAACAGAUGAGCACGAGACGGAGACGGGAAUGAAAUCAAAGGAAGCGAGGAAGUACAUCUUCAGCUGUUUGGAUGACAUAGCGCACGUGAACUUGAUGAUGAAUCUGGAAGGUUGUGACUUGUUAGCGGAGAAGGCAGACCGCCGGGAGUUUGUGGGCCUGCUGAAGAAGAUGCUGCUGAUCGACGCCGAAGAUAGGAUCGCCCCGGCCGAAGCGCUCACCCACCCGUUUGUGACAAUGCAACACCUGCUCGACUUCCCCCACAGCAACCAUGUGAAGUCAUGUUUCCACAUCAUGGACGUUUGUUGGACCCGUCCCUCCGGGUACGAGGCUGCCAACCGAAACAAAGGUCCUUUCGUUCGACCCGUAACUACAACCACUGCUGCCUCAGCCAACCUCCCCUUCAGCAAGAUCCCAGCUGUCCAUACUCAAGGGUUAGUUCCUUCUGCACAGUCAGUGAUGCACCCUGGGAUACCACUGCCGACUGGUGGUGGUCAGUUUGGAUGCAACGACUCGUUUCAGCAGGCUCUCAUUCUGUGUCCCCCGACAAUACCAGGUAUCCAUACUAAUACCGCUAAACCAGCGGGCUACUCUGUCCGUAUGGAGGCCUCUGUACCUUUGGUUACUCAAGCACCGUCAAUCCAGCCCUUGCAGAUCAGGCCGGGAGUCAUCACACAGGCCUGGUCGAGCCGCGCACAGCAGAUCUUGGUGCCCACUUGGCAACAGGUUACUUCUGUGCCCCCACCGCAGACCACCCUGGCAUCUGACACUGUGACUGGCACACAGAGAUUGAGCGACUGGGGGAAAGUGCGGCCCCACGGUAACCAUUUCAGCUCCAUGAUUGCACACCCUCAGCCGUUCUUAACCAACCAAAUGACCAUGUCCACCCACCAGCCGGUCAACAUAGGCAUCGCACACGUGGUGUGGCCACAGCCGGCGGCGAACAAGCGAGCAAAGCCUUGUCUGAACAGGGGCAGCAGCAUUUCCCAACACACGAACAUCCAAAAUGCGGCGUGCCACUCCCCGCAGAUGGCAGACACAGCAAAGAACGUGGAGGAAAUCGAGGAGGAGGGAGCCAGAUGCCAAGAAGAAGGGCGCGCCGCGGGAGAGGGGCGAGCCGCUGAUCACGGCGGCGACGGGGAGAGCUGCUGUAAAGUGGAGCCAGACUGCGAGGAGCUCUCGGUCUCGCAGGAGCAGCGGCAAGAAAUGGUGAUCUCGGGCCUGGCCAGUCCGACUGUGAGCGUCAUCAGCAUCAGCAGCGACGAAGAGGAGGAUGCGCAAAGGCAUUCAAUGGGGGAGUGUAAGGGCACUGCAGAUUGCGAGGCAUGUCAGAGCACCGUCAGUAUGGAGCGAGUAUGCUCUCUCAGCAGUCCAGACAGUACGCUCAGCACCAGCUCUUCAGCUUCAGCCCAGUCCAACAACUCCCCAUGCAAACAGCCCAACAGCAUGUCGGACGACGAGCAGGAGAGCGGCUGCGACACGGUGGAGAGCUCGCCUGCCUCGCACAACUCCGGUAACAGCAACGGUCCCUUUACAGAGCGGCGCUACAUCGCUGACAGCAACCAGAACUGCGAGCCGCGGGUGGCGUGCGUCGCCCCCGAGACCGAGCCCAGCAAGCCACCGGUUCGCACCGUGGUGGUGCCUCCAAUGCGGGUGCAGAACAAUAACAACCACUUUUCUGUCAGUGACACACCUGGGCACACAGAGUCUUCGUGCCACCCCAAAGGGCGAGGCAUUCCUGGGCGACAGCAUCACCACUCCACGCCGCUCCUCAACAGGCCGCAGAAAAUCACCCCCGUGUUCCAGCCCCAGCAACAGCAGCCAAUGGGCUUUGGGCAGGUCCAGCACUUCGGUUCGUGCCACCAGGAAUGGAACGGGAACUUUGCCAGCCGGCGGCCGCAGGCUUACAUCCCCCCCACCAUGCAUGGGCAUGCCUUUACACUUUCCCACAGCAGCCCGAACCACACAGCGGGCCCCCACCCCCACCUUGGGGGGCACCCCCAUUCCCAGCCCACCCUACUGUCGUACCCCCCGUCUGGCCCUUUGGUUACGGCUGCCCCCGUGGCCCACCUCCUGGCAUCCCCUGGCGCCUCCCGCCCCGUCCUCCAGCCCACCUAUGGCAUAUCCCAUCCGGCAGGCAUCGUGCACCAAGUGGCAGUGGGCAUCAACCCCCGGCUGCUGCCCUCCCCCACCUUGCACCCACAGAGCCAAUUCAAACCCCUUUUCCCGCCGCACUCGUACAUCGCUUCGCCUGCUUACGGCAGUUUCCCCCUGAGCCCUACCAAACUAAACCAGUACCCCUACAUCUGA